CCUGCGGCACUAGCUCCGGGCGCCGCGCCCCAGCGGCCGCCGCAGCCUGCAUGCCCCGCGCUGCGCCUCGUCGGGCCCCGCCGCCGCCUCCCGCUCGCACGCGCCGCCGCCGGGCGCCGGAGUAAUAUGCUCACUCGGGUGAAGUCCGCCGUGGCCAAUUUCAUGGGCGGCAUCAUGGCUGGCAGCUCGGGCUCCGAGCACGGCGGCGGCGGCGGCUCGGACCUGCCGCUGCGCUUCCCCUACGGGCGGCCGGAGUUCCUGGGGCUGUCUCAGGACGAGGUGGAGUGCAGCGCCGACCACAUCGCCCGCCCCAUCCUCAUCCUCAAGGAGACCCGGCGGCUGCCCUGGGCCACCGGCUACGCAGAGGUUAUUAAUGCCGGGAAGAGCACGCACAAUGAAGACCAAGCCAGCUGUGAGGUACUCACUGUGAAGAAGAAGGCAGGGGCCAUUACCUCAACCCCGAACAGGAACUCGGCUAAGAGGCGGUCUUCCCUUCCCAAUGGGGAGGGGCUGCAACUGAAGGAGAACUCGGAAUCGGAAGGCGUUUCCUGUCACUACUGGUCGCUGUUCGAUGGUCACGCGGGCUCCGGGGCUGCCGUGGUGGCCUCCCGCCUGCUGCAGCAGCACGUUGCCGAGCAGCUGCAGGACAUCGUGGAGAUCCUCAAGAACUCUGCCGUCCUGCCGCCCACCUGCCUGGGCGAGGAGCCCGAGGGCACCCCGGCCCACAGCCGUGCCCUGACCCGCGCCGCCUCGCUCCGCGGAGGGGUGGGCGCCCCCGGCUCCCCCGGCACCCCCCCCACGCGUUUCUUCACCGAGAAGAAGAUCCCGCACGAGAGCCUGGUCAUCGGGGCCCUGGAGAGCGCCUUCAAGGAGAUGGACCUACAAAUAGAACGAGAGAGGAGUUCAUAUAAUAUAUCUGGUGGCUGCACGGCGCUCAUCGUGGUUUGCCUUUUGGGGAAGCUGUAUGUGGCGAAUGCUGGGGACAGCAGGGCCAUAAUCAUCAGAAACGGAGAAAUCAUCCCCAUGUCUUCAGAAUUUACCCCCGAGACUGAGCGCCAGCGACUUCAGUACCUGGCAUUCAUGCAGCCUCACUUGCUGGGAAAUGAGUUCACACAUUUGGAGUUUCCAAGGAGAGUACAGAGAAAGGAACUUGGAAAGAAGAUGCUCUACAGGGACUUUAAUAUGACAGGCUGGGCAUACAAAACCAUCGAGGAUGAUGACUUGAAGUUUCCCCUCAUAUACGGAGAAGGCAAGAAGGCCCGGGUGAUGGCAACUAUUGGAGUGACCAGGGGACUUGGGGACCAUGAUCUGAAGGUGCACGACUCCAACAUCUACAUAAAACCAUUCCUGUCUUCAGCGCCAGAGGUAAGAGUCUACGAUCUCUCCAAAUAUGAGCAUGGAGCAGAUGAUGUGCUGAUCUUGGCCACUGAUGGACUCUGGGAUGUUUUAUCCAAUGAAGAAGUGGCGGAGGCCGUCACUCAGUUUCUUCCCAACUGUGACCCAGAUGACCCUCACAGGUACACGCUGGCAGCUCAGGACCUGGUGAUGCGUGCCCGCGGUGUCCUAAAGGACAGAGGAUGGCGGAUAUCUAAUGACCGACUGGGCUCAGGAGACGACAUUUCUGUAUAUGUCAUUCCUUUAAUACAUGGGAACAAACUUUCCUGAAAAACAGCCCAGGGGAUUGGGAGGACAGCAGGGGAGAAAGCUGGGAUACUCUUAGCAGGACGGGACUGGGAAGUACCCCGGCAGAGUUCCAGGUGAUGCAGCCUCUUCCUAGCCCAGGUGGGGAGUGUGCUGCCGAGAGGCCUCAGACUGUACCUCUGGGGGACCCUUCGAUUUCAGUUUCCUCUUUAGUAACAGGUCUGGAUACUCAACAAGAGCAAAACAUAAAGGCUGCUACCGAGAGUUGUGUUUCUUUUGGUUCCUUUAAUAGGCCUCCAGGUGGUCACUGCCUGUUUGGGGCACACACAUAUUUAUUUGGAAUAGCUAGGCAGCCAUUUUCAGGUGUAACUGGCGGAAGACGCUGGCCUGUCAAGCUGCCAGCUUCUCUACGGGUUCAAAGUGCUGCAUUGAAAAGUUGGGGAUCAUGCCUCAGAAAGUGUAAGCACCCCCCUUCUAGUAAGCCUGAGAUCUAUUUCAGGGAACGCCAUCUCUGUGUAUCUCUCUCUCUAUUCUAUCAUGGUUAUGGUGGGGUGAGGCAGGGAUUUUUUUUUUCUCUUUGAUAUUUCUUGAAUCUUAAUUGUUUCCCUUCCAUAAAACAGGCCUGGGACUUUCCAGCUCCUUGCUGAGGAAUAUUCAUGUGUCAAAGUCCAGCCCAGGCUGUCCCUGUACCCAGUAGCCCACAUCACCCAGGCAGCCUUCUGGAACAGUGCCCUGGCUGCCAGAGUUCUUGUCCUUGUUGUGUAACAGUUUGUCUUGAAUUGCAUUUUCUCACCAAAUCAGUAUGUUUUCCUGAAAAUAUGGGCGUUUCUUUGGACCAUCGGUUCCUCUGUUGUCUUCAAGGGUCCCCUUUUCAUGGCUUGAGAUUUCUCUGAGAAUCUAGGUUUUCAAAUCUGGAAUGGUUGGCCCUCCCCACCUGCUGGGGGCUGUGGGGACACCCGUAAAGCAGUGUUUAAGAGAUCAGUACAGGAAGCUCCAUGUACCAGGCAGUUCGCCAUACCUCACAUGAAGACCCUUCCUUCAUUUUGGAUUCAGGUUCCAUGGGCUGUGACAGCCCCCAAGGGCCGUGUAUCAGUGUACUUUCAAGGAACAAUGGUCCCGCUCUCCCUCUCCUCUUCGAAGGGCAAGGCCCACUUAGAAUAGCUGUUUGAUAAAAGUGAAUUUGAAUUGGGUUGACGGGUCAUUCUCAUGCCGUGUGCCCCAUGCCUUCCCCUUGGAAUCACGUCCCAGCCACCCAACAGCUGAAACCCCAGUUCCCAUUGUUGCUGCACUUCUGAGUGUUCCUCACAGGAGCUGCAGAAGCAGCGAACACCAAAACUACCUGUUGCCUCUCUACCACGAGGAAUCACAAAGUAGAUUUUUAGAAGGCACUUCCAUCUCUUAGGCAGACUAUGGUUCUGCACUGGGGCACCUUACAGAGCAGCGUCCAAUUACUGAGUCUUCCUGCACACGUCCUGUGGCAUCAUCACCACCUUGAGGAUUUUGUGUAAUUAGAGCAUCCUUCCCACCCGAUAAAGAAAAAUGUCGUUGAUGUGAUUCCCAAAGCUGCUGGAGAGCCAAUUCCAGUUCGCAUGUUUGUUGAGUCCUUUCCUCAGAGGAGAGGAGAGGGAUCGUUCCUCCAGGAUAGUUCAUCACCUUCCCAGAGUUGUAGAUAUUUUAUUAGGAAAGGCCUGGAGCCUCCUCUACUCAGGUAUGAAUUCAUUCCACAGUGUGGAAAUGACGCGCUGCCUGGUAGGUGAAGUACUAUGGGAACUUACCCACCAGCUGUUUGCCAAAAUGUCACCUGGGAAGAAUUGGACGACCACGCUGUCAGGGGUCACCUUCAUCUGACAGCUUCCCUCCUCCUCCAGGAGAUUUCAGCUACCCCAGAUGUCUCUGCGGGGACAGGUUUGUGGUAAAGCAUUUGCUUCUCUGGCGGAACACUAUGCUGUGGGACAACACGCCACCAUUUUACAGCAUCCUGGUCCCCUUCCUGCUCCUGCUCUGAUGCAAAGUCACAUACAAAUUGAAAACCAGAAUGUUUUCUGUGGAGGACCCUGAACUGCCUUCUUUGCGAAGCUGUCCUCACAAGCAGUCACCUCUUUCCCAUGUUCCCGAUGCCUUUCAUCUGUUUCCUCUCCUGGGCUUCUCUGUUGGUCCCUCCUUGAGCUUUUUCUACUUUGAUUUGAGCCACCAGAGUCUGACUUUGGGUAUAGAUGUCAUGACAGCCUUCGACUCAAUUCACCAGUUCAUUUACUGCCAAGAAAUGUCUCAGGAAAAAUUCUGGAAACCCCCCCCCCUUUUUUUUUUCAAUUUAUUCUAAAGUCUUGAGCAUUCACGUCCUGCUGGUUUUAGUUAGAAAGGUAUCCAGGAAUUCCUUUCAGAAGCCUCCUUGGUGGAAAGACGUUAGUAAAAAGCUGAAGCCCUGUUUCUGUUUGGGGGAUGGGAGGAAAAUUAGAAAUGAGGCGAAUAAAUCAUAUGGGGAAAGAGUGCUUUGUUAGUGCCCAUAAAAGACCUACGCAGCGCUGAUAAGCUCUGCGAAUUGAGCUUACUCUGUUUGGCUUUACUUUGCACCCAGGAACCCAGGCCAUCCCGUCCCAGAGCAGUAACUGUGUCUACAUAAGUGGGUCGGCCCUUGGAGCAUUCCUGGAAAGGUCAAAAGGCAACACACUCAAAAUUCUGAAGGACGCAUUUACAUGUGGUUCUGAAAUCUUGGGCAGCUGACUUCUAGCCAACUCUGCUUGUCCUCAUCGCCCCAGAGGAAGUCUUGUUUAAUAAAAAGCGUUCGAUUUCCUGGUCAGGACUUUAUGGUUGUCUUGGGGCGGGGAGGUGGCCACUUCCUCUAAUGAAAGGCUCUUCCCAUUCUAAAUCUCUGUUAGGCUGGACCCUGCUCUUCCAUAUAUGUGGGGACAGUCUUUUCCUUAAAGCAAGCAAACUCCCACUCCGUGCACACCCUGCAGGUGACCACCUACCCUGGGUUCUCGUGACACCUGCGGUCGUCAGAGCGGUGGCCGCAGUCACAGGUGGAGGGUACGUUCUGGGGUGGCCGUCCUUCCCUAACUGUGGCUCUUGGGGCAGGAAGGGAGAGGGGAACAUCGGGCGAGGCCGCCCACUCAGCUGUGGAAUAGGACAAAACCACACCAAGUGGCGAUGUUGGUUCCUUUCCCCAGCUUUGGGGAAUUUAGGGUAUUUGAUUUUUUGAAAUUCCUAGCAGCUCACCUCUAUGGGGCCGUGCGAAGUGAGCUGUGCUGUAGGUAGCUACUGGUGGACAGGGGUGAGAGUCCCGGGACCCAGAUUUAGCCUCAGAUCUUGGCCAUUUGGGCAGGAUUUUUGGUAUACCAAGAGCACUAGCAUGGAAACAUUUGGAAAAAAGACUCUCAGGUCUUUAAACUCCUGCUGCUCCUCUCCACGGCACCUCCUUCCUCGCCUGCCAAUCGGGCUUUUUUCAACAAGGCCAAGGAUGGCCAUUGGUUUCUUUCCACCACAGUUUGAGGAUCUGACCUUUCCUUAAGUGACCCAGCAGCUCCACUCGUCUCAGAGGGAAUAUGUCAAACUUUUAUGAGCGUCUAUUUUCUGUAAAUUACUGCUUCUGGGACAUUGGGAGAAAGCCGUGAAGAGUCAUUGUCUAUGCAAAGAACAGUCAGGCUGACCCUAAAACUUACCAGACCUAAGAAAACAGGAGAAGAGUAUCUGGCCACAGGAUGGGAUCUGACAUUAGAAACUUGGAUUUUUGAGGACUUUACAAGUGCAGAGAAGCGUUAGAGGCCACACAGGACACACAGCCCAGCACGCUGAGCAGACGUGGGCUGGGUGUGGGUGCUGUGGCACAUGUGCCCACUGGGAUUUUUCAAAGGACACUACGUGAGCAGCCUCACUCGCCUCUUAGGCAAGCACCGUGGCACCUCUUUGUCAGAUUUGAGUGGCAGUCUGCGCACUAUUCCUCUUUCUAAUCCAUGAUGUUACGUGUAAAUAGCUUUAAUUUUUCCUCUGCGUCUUAGAUGAAGUCUUGUUCAUGUAGCAACAGGUAGACAGUGACCAAAUGAGGCUGUAAACGUGCUGUUGUUUUCUACCGCGACGUAGUUGAAGGAGAACCUUGUGCCCCCCACCCCCACCCCCUUCCGAUCUUCCAUGGGAUUUUGUGUUUGGGGAGUCCUGAGGUCAGGCUCUUAUUUCUGUUUGCUUCCAUUUUCUUUGUUUCUUCUGGAGACCCAGGGAAGCCCACUGUGGAGAUCAUCUGUAAAGGAACGCAUCACGGUCUGGGUUUCCCAAAAAAUGCCAGAUGUACAGGGAAUGACAGGAAUCUGCCUGAGAAUGGUUUCAGAACCAUGUACCUUUAUGCUUUGUGAUUGUGACACCUUGACUUUCGUAACCACCCCCCCCCAAAAUGAAAACUGUUUAGUAAAGGGGAUCUAUUUUGUGUGUUUUGAAACUUAGGUGCGAUGUUCCCUGGAAAAAGCUAAAGAAAUGUAUAUGCUCAAUGACGUUUUAAAAUAAAAUACUAUAUAUAUGUAUAUAGGACACUUUUAGAAAA